AUGAAUUCUGACUCCAGCUCUGUCUCCAGCAGAGCGUCCUCGCCAGACAUGGAUGAGAUGUACCUGAGAGACCACCACCACCACCACCACCAUCACCACCACCAGGACAGCCGGCUCAACUCCGUCUCCUCCACCCAGAACGACCUGGUGCAGAAGAUGUCCGGGGAAGGCCUCUCCAGGAACGGCUCCAAGGCUGGAGGGGAAAGCAGCAAGUACAAAAUCAAGAAGCAGCUCUCGGAGCAGGACCUGCAGCAGCUGCGGCUGAAGAUCAACGGCCGGGAGCGUAAGAGGAUGCAUGAUCUCAACCUCGCCAUGGACGGACUGCGGGAGGUGAUGCCCUAUGCCCACGGACCUUCCGUGAGAAAACUCUCCAAAAUCGCCACCCUCCUGCUAGCCAGAAACUAUAUCCUGAUGCUCACCAGUUCCCUGGAGGAGAUGAAGAGGCUGGUGGGGGAAAUCUACGGGGGGCACCACUCGGCCUUUCACUGCGGCACGGUGGGACACUCCGCCGGCCACCCGCCCCACGCCGCCGGCACCGUGCACCAGGUGCACCCCAUCCUCGGCAGUGCCUUGUCCUCCGCCAACACCUCCUCCUCCCUCUCCGCCUCCUUGCCGGCUAUCGGCACCAUCCGGCCCCCCCACUCUCUGCUCAAGACCCCCUCGACCCCCCCCGCCCUGCAGCUCGGCAGCGGCUUCCAGCACUGGGCGGGCUUGCCGUGCCCCUGCACCAUCUGCCAGAUGCCCCCCCCGCCCCACCUCUCGGCCCUCACCGCCUCCAACAUGGCCAGGAUCUCGGGAGAGACCAAGGACCUGCUGAAGUGA